GUCGUCAACAAGGUUUUGUUAUUGAAAUUUUUUUUAUUGCAAUUUAGUAAAAUUUCAAUCCUUUUUCUUCGAAAUCCAGAUUUAAAGAAAAAAAAGUGUUUUUAUUCAGAUAUUUAAAAUACCCAUAUAUAUAUACUCUUAUCUCAAGGGGCGUUUCUUUUAAUUUUCAUAUAAGUCAAUGAAUUAGUGGUUUUUCUUUUCUGUUUAUUCUAGUUAUGCUGUUUGGACACUGUAAAUAUCUCCAAAAUUAUGGCUAAUGCUCGUCAUAAUUGUUUAGUUAUUUUAAGCCAGAACAAAGAUGGCAAUUCAGCACAGUCUUUCAUUCAAUCUUUUACAUUACUACAUACGAAUUUUACUGUUCAAAUUUCUACCCCUGGUGGAAAACCAUUAGAGUUUAUUAAACAGGAUGAUCAAAGUAGGAGAUGGUUGAAUGAGUUUCGGAUGAAGCCUUUGGCUAUUCCUAUUAGCCUUCAAACUAUUGAUCCUCAUAGAUAUUCUUGUCUGUUAAUACCUCAUUCACCUGGUGCAGCAUUUGAUCUUAGUACUGAUAAAGAUCUUGGACAGAUAUUGAAAAAUUUUAUAAAGGAGAAAAAGCCAAUAUGUGCUAUUGGAAUGGGUGUUGCUGCAUUAUUUUCUGCUGAUGAUGAAAAUAAAUGGUCUUUCUCCAAAUAUAGUCUUACUGCUCCCUCCAUUUUUGAGAUGGCAAAAAGCCCAGAUUUUGAAACUAUUCCUGUUAUUCCUGAAGAUUUGAUAAAAGACAAAUUAGCUACUUACAGCUGUUCUGAACCAGGUGAAGUUCAUGUUGUAAUAGACCGCCAUUUAGUAACUGGACAAAAUGAGCAAUCAACACUUACUGCUGUGCAGAACUUGAUACUUCUGCAUAACCAAAAGUAUUCAAGGAAAGAAAAAUCGCCUCACUGAUUUUUCAUUGAUAAACUUUUAAAUCUAUUUUCUAAUUUCUCUUCUUUUUAUUCUGUGAAAAAUAAGUGCUAUCACAAUGCUGCAAUGUAUUAUUUAUAAAAAUAUAUUCCAAUAUUAUGUAUAAAAAUAAUUCCAUUUUCUAGUCCUUUAUUAAAAUAAAUA